GCUUUAAAACCACACGUGGGUCGACGGAAAAGUUUUGAAGUCCAACACAGAGAAGUUUGCAAGGAUCGUCAAAGAAAGAAGAGAGAGGUUUAUCUGUCGAAAGCUUUAUACGACCUAAGCCUUUGCAAGAAGGGGAAAUGCCGUCGUACGCUCUAAACCAGUUUAUUGAUUUGGAUGAAGUUCUGUGCAAGCAGCUUCUCAGUCUUGACCUCCGGGAACCUCCAAAGAUGUCUGCCUUGCCGGUUUCACCAGUCGGCCACAAAAAAAUCAGACCCCCCUGUUCCUUCUCUUCGUCGUGCCUGAGCGACUCCAAAGUCAGCGCUGCGGGGACCACAGGCCAUUGGGGGCAGCCCGCCGACGUGCCUCUUCCCUCAAACUGGAACAAGAUGUCGUUCUGGGCCGAGCGGUCGGUCAGCAUGGUGGAGGGCAGCACCAGCAGCCUGGGAUGGGCCUCCAUGGAGCCCGGCAGCUGCAAGCCGGCCUCGGCCAGCUCCUGCACUUCCCUGCCGUCCGCGUCGAUGGCGGCAUCCGCAGCCACGUCCACCACUUCGUCGCGCUACAAGACCGAACUCUGUCGCACGUACGCCGAGCGCGGCAUGUGCAAGUACGGCAGCAAGUGCCAGUUCGCCCACGGCCUUGACGAGCUGCGUGACCUCAACCGCCACCCCAAGUACAAGACGGAGCCCUGCCGCACGUUCCACUCGGUGGGCUUCUGUCCGUACGGCAUCCGCUGCCAUUUCGUGCACAACAACGAGGACGAAGACGACCAAGUACAAACACACGCUCGCCCGAAGCAUUUUUCCGCGUCCUCCUCCGCAGGCCGUGUCCCAUCCCAGCGUCCCCCUCUCCUCAAACAGAGCUUCAGCUUCGCUGGCUUCCCCUCCAACCAUCCGCCGCCGCCCGCCAUGGACCAUACCCUGCCCCACGCCUUCCUGCGCGCCCCCUCCAUCUCCCCGCCGGCCUCGUCCGAUCUCUCCGAACUGCUCUCGCUCGCCUUCCACGACGUGGACGUGGCCUCGGCAUCCCUGGUAGCCGCCGCGGCGGCGGCCACCGCCGCGGCUUUGGAGGCCGCCGUCUGCGAUCCCCAGCCUCAGUUCCUGCCCUCGCCCGACUCUGGCUGCUCCUCCUGCAGCCUGGCCUCCUCCUCGGCGCUCCCCUCCCCCCCACACAGCCUGCUGGAGCCGGCCGAGAGGUGCCUGCAGCAGAGCCCGACCGGGGGCCCCGGGGCCAUGCUGACCGCCACCUCCUCCUCCUCGUCCGCCGCCAUGGGGGUGCGGAGCCUCUCCCACACGUCACUCUCCGACCAUGAGGGCGGGUGUGGCAGCUCCGCCAGCAGCCUGAGCGGCUCGGAUUCCUGCGCCUCGGGGUUCGAGGGCGUCGGCAAGCGGCUGCCCAUCUUCAGCCAGCUGUCCGUGCCGGACGACGGCUUCUGCAGCGAGGGCAGCAGCACGGGCUUCUUCCUGUAGAUUGGGGGACUCCAGCCUUCCCACCCCCCAAACCCCCCCUGUUUUUUUCUAUUUGAAAGAUCUAGCAUAUACUGUGGUAUAUCUACUGUAUUGUACAGGCAGGUGCCUUGACACGUUUAUUUUUUCUUUUUGUGUAAAGAAGGAGAUACAAUCGACAGGGUGGAAAGAGAAUCAGUGGUGUAAAGCAUAUUGUACUUUUGUUUUGUUGAAAGAAGACGAGAUGACCAUCUCUAAUGGUGUGGCCUUAAAAACAGGCUGUUAAAAAUGACAUGCAGUAUCGCUGAAAAAAAAGCAAACAUUUGAGUAAACAGUAAAAAGUAGGAAUUUCAAUGUGAAAAGCCAAAGACCAGGGUUUAAGAGUUAUCAAGUUUGUUGAAUGAAUUCAGUGUUUGUCGUUUUAUACUUUUUGGAUAAAGGCGCUUUUUCCAAUGCAUACAGUGUUCAGACGUGCCUAAACGCAGCCCUUUUCCAAACUGGCUGCAGUUUUAAAAUACUAAAGUGCCUGUAAGUUGUUUUAACAGGUUUUUGUUAAGCUGCAAUAUCAUUGUGUGUUGAAGGGACCUUUUUCUGUUUGUUUUUUUUCCUUGUCUAACUUUUUGUACUGAUCAAUGCUUCAUGGUUCUCUAACUAGAUUUUGAGACGAUGGCUUGACUUUGUUUUUCCCCCCGCAACUUUAACUACAUAGAAACUGGGUGGCUUAAUGUAAAAAAAAAAGAACGUAUUUGGUAGUGGAGGGUUACUGAUUUGAAGGGGGUGGGAGGGGGUGCUAUCGUGGGUCACUCAAGCCCCUGGUGUAGUGAAUUGUAUUGUGUAUAUUUUAGUGUCUACAGACAUCUAGGAAACAAGUAGUGUACUUUUCUUUUCUGUUUCUGACCAUUUUUAUAGCUGUUCACAAUGAUGGGUCCCGUAUUUCUUUUGAUUGUAUGAAAUGCCUUUUGGUGGCUGUCAUGUUACACACCGUAGUGUUUAAGGAGAAUCUUUAGUAAAUUAAUUUUUAUUUAUUUUAUUGUAUUUAUAGAGAACAUGCAUUGUGUUUCCUUGAUGUUUAAGUUUAAUAUAUUGGUUUCCUUUUUGUACUGAAAAAUAAACCUUUUUUAAGCGCAAA